UGCUGACGUUUGAGUUAAUUUAACAUUAGGUUAACUCAAGCUCAAUGGAUCAAGUAUCAUCGUUACCAAGCUCUUUCGAGCAGAUGAGCUAUGAAAGAAAAGUCCAACAACUGUUGGAAGACCAGCGGAAGGAACUGGAGAAGAAGUUUGCUGUGGACCUUGAUGCGAAGCAACAAGGCUUGGAGACGCAACAGACUUCAACUCCAGACGAGAGUGAGCCGUUUGACUUGGCAAAUUAUCGAUAAGGACGCUGUAAUCCAUGGUCUCCAGCAGGUGCGGCGCGAUAAGGACGCUGUAGUCCCUGGUCUCCGGCAGAAGCAGUCCGAUAAGGACGCUGUAAUCCAUGGUCUCCGGCAGGAGCAGUCCGAUAAGGACGCUGUAAUCCAUGGUCUCCGGCAGGAGCAGUCCGAUAAGGACGCUGUAAUCCAUGGUCUCCGGCAGGAGCAGUCCGAUAAGGACGCUGUAAUCCAUGGUCUCCAGCAGGAGCGGCGCGAUAAGGACGCUGUAAUCCAUGGUCUCCGGCAGGAGCAGUCCGAUAAGGACGCUGUAAUCCAUGGUCUCCAGCAGGAGCGGCGCGAUAAGGACGCUGUAAUCCUUGGUCUCCACCAGGAGCAGCACGAUAAGGACCUUGAUGCGAAGCAACAAGGCUUGGAGACGCAACAGAUUCAACUCCAGACGAGAGUGAGCCGUUUGACUUGGCAAAUUAUCGAUAAGGACGCUGUAAUCCAUGGUCUCCAGCAGGUGCGGCGCGAUAAGGACGCUGUAGUCCCUGGUCUCCGGCAGAAGCAGUCCGAUAAGGACGCUGUAAUCCAUGGUCUCCGGCAGGAGCAGUCCGAUAAGGACGCUGUAAUCCAUGGUCUCCGGCAGGAGCAGUCCGAUAAGGACGCUGUAAUCCAUGGUCUCCGGCAGGAGCAGUCCGAUAAGGACGCUGUAAUCCAUGGUCUCCAGCAGGAGCGGCGCGAUAAGGACGCUGUAAUCCAUGGUCUCCGGCAGGAGCAGUCCGAUAAGGACGCUGUAAUCCAUGGUCUCCAGCAGGAGCGGCGCGAUAAGGACGCUGUACUCCUUGGUCUCCACCAGGAGCAGCACGAUAAGGACCUUGAUGCGAAGCAACAAGGCUUGGAGACGCAACAGAUUCAACUCCAGACGAGAGUGAGCCGUUUGACUUGGCAAAUUAUCGAUAAGGACGCUGUAAUCCAUGGUCUCCAGCAGGUGCGGCGCGAUAAGGACGCUGUAGUCCCUGGUCUCCGGCAGAAGCAGUCCGAUAAGGACGCUGUAAUCCAUGGUCUCCGGCAGGAGCAGUCCGAUAAGGACGCUGUAAUCCAUGGUCUCCGGCAGGAGCAGUCCGAUAAGGACGCUGUAAUCCAUGGUCUCCGGCAGGAGCAGUCCGAUAAGGACGCUGUAAUCCAUGGUCUCCAGCAGGAGCGGCGCGAUAAGGACGCUGUAAUCCAUGGUCUCCGGCAGGAGCAGUCCGAUAAGGACGCUGUAAUCCAUGGUCUCCAGCAGGAGCGGCGCGAUAAGGACGCUGUAAUCCUUGGUCUCCACCAGGAGCAGCACGAUAAGGACCUUGAUGCGAAGCAACAAGGCUUGGAGACGCAACAGAUUCAACUCCAGACGAGAGUGAGCCGUUUGACUUGGCAAAUUAUCGAUAAGGACGCUGUAAUCCAUGGUCUCCAGCAGGUGCGGCGCGAUAAGGACGCUGUAGUCCCUGGUCUCCGGCAGAAGCAGUCCGAUAAGGACGCUGUAAUCCAUGGUCUCCGGCAGGAGCAGUCCGAUAAGGACGCUGUAAUCCAUGGUCUCCGGCAGGAGCAGUCCGAUAAGGACGCUGUAAUCCAUGGUCUCCGGCAGGAGCAGUCCGAUAAGGACGCUGUAAUCCAUGGUCUCCAGCAGGAGCGGCGCGAUAAGGACGCUGUAAUCCAUGGUCUCCGGCAGGAGCAGUCCGAUAAGGACGCUGUAAUCCUUGGUCUCCACCAGGAGCAGCACGAUAAGGACGCUGUAGUCCUUGGUCUCAACCUGGAGAAGGAGAGUCUCAACCUAAAGCUCACAGAGACCAGAACCAACCUGUUGAGGACGGCAGAUGUACUCCGACAGAGCGAAGAAGCCUGGCAGGCCAAAUACAAGGCUCUGGAGGACAAGUACACAAAGGUCCUUACAGAGAAAGACCAGACCUUGAAGAACAAAGUUGAACAGAUGGAGAAUGUCAACAAGGACCUGAAGGACAAGGAACGGAUCUGGAAGACUAAGGUCAGUCAGUUGCAGGACGUCAACAAAGACCUGAUGGAAAGCAAACAGAGACUGAAUACCACAGUCCAACACAUGGAGGUUGAGAAGAAGCUUCUGGAAGACAUCUGCCUGAAAAUGAAGAAGAAGAUGAGAGGAGUCUUUUCUUGUUGGAGGACUGAGGAUCGAGAGACAACAUUGCAAAAGAUGAAAAGCAAAAUGUUGAAAAAGACGAAAAAGGAAGUCACGGAGCAUGAAGCUGUGGUGAUACAGGAAGAGACGGAGCAGGAAGCUGUGGUGAUACAGGAAGAGACGGAGCAGGAAGCUGUGGUGAUACAGGAAGCACAGCAGGAAGAGGUACUGGGAGAAAAGGAGGUGGAGAAGAAGAAGAAAAAGAAGACGACUGUGACAAUUGAUCUCACGUUGGAGAAGACGGAGCAGGAAGCUGUGGUGAUACAGGAAGAGACGGAGCAGGAAGCUGUGGUGAUACAGGAAGCACAGCAGGAAGAGGUACUGGGAGAAAAGGAGGUGGAGAAGAAGAAGAAAAAGAAGACGACUGUGACAAUUGAUCUCACGUUGGAGAAGACUGCGGUGAAACAGGAAGAGACGGAGCAGGAAGCUGUGGUGAUACAGGAAGCACAGCAGGAAGAGGUACUGGGAAAAAAGGAGGUGGAGAAGAAGAAGAAAAAGAAGACGACUGUGACAAUUGAUCUCACGUUGGAGAAGACGGAGCAUGAAGCUGUGGUGAUACAGGAAGAGACGGAGCAGGAAGCUGUGGUGAUACAGGAAGAGACGGAGCAGGAAGCUGUGGUGAUACAGGAAGCACAGCAGGAAGAGGUACUGGGAGAAAAGGAGGUGGAGAAGAAGAAGAAAAAGAAGACGACUGUGACAAUUGAUCUCACGUUGGAGAAGACGGAGCAGGAAGCUGUGGUGAUACAGGAAGAGACGGAGCAGGAAGCUGUGGUGAUACAGGAAGAGACGGAGCAGGAAGCUGUGGUGAUACAGGAAGCACAGCAGGAAGAGGUACUGGGAGAAAAGGAGGUGGAGAAGAAGAAGAAAAAGAAGACGACUGUGACAAUUGAUCUCACGUUGGAGAAGACGGAGCAUGAAGCUGUGGUGAUACAGGAAGAGACGGAGCAGGAAGCUGUGGUGAUACAGGAAGAGACGGAGCAGGAAGCUGUGGCUGAUACAGGAAGCACAGCAGGAAGAGGUACUGGGAGAAAAGGAGGUGGAGAAGAAGAAGAAAAAGAAGACGACUGUGACAAUUUGAUCUCACGUUGGAGAAGACAAGAGAUGGAGCAUGAAGCUGUGGUGAAACAGGAAGAGACGGAGCAGGAAGCUGUGGUGAUACAGGAAGAGACGGAGCAGGAAGCUGUGGUGAUACAGGAAGAGACGGAGCAGGAAGCUGUGGUGAUACAGGAAGCACAGCAGGAAGAGGUACUGGGAAAAAAGGAGGUGGAGAAGAAGAAGAAAAAGAAGACGACUGUGACAAUUGAUCUCACGUUGGAGAAGACAGAGAAGGAAGCUGUGGUGAUACAGGAAGAGACGGAGCAGGAAGCUGUGGUGAUACAGGAAGAGACGGAGCAGGAAGCUGUGGUGAUACAGGAAGCACAGCAGGAAGAGGUACUGGGAGAAAAGGAGGUGGAGAAGAAGAAGAAAAAGAAGACGACUGUGACAAUUGAUCUCACGUUGGAGAAGAGGGAGCAUGAAGCUGUGGUGAAACAGGAAGCACAGCAGGAAGAGGUAGUGGGAGAAAAGGAGGUGGAGAAGAAGAAGAAAAAGAAGACGACUGUGACAAUUGAGCUCACGUUGGAGAAGAGUAGCUCCCUCUUCCAACCCCCUUCACCUCCCUCCUCAUCUACCUCACCUUCCUGUCUCAACCGCCCCCUCACCCCCAUCACCCAUCAUCAUUAAGAAAACUUCAAUCUAUCAUAUUUCACUAAGGGGUUUCUCCUGGUGUUCAGGUUUCUCCAACAAAAUAUAUAUUAAAAUAAA